UGAUUGGUUUAGUGACGCCAAAACCAGGAUACAUUUACACCCCAUAAUGCAACAUUCACCUCGAUAAUUAUCUUUGUUGCACCUACGGCGAUGUCGACCACCUGCAGCUACACGAUUGAGGCAGAGAACCAGGAAAAUUCUGAGGACAAGGCUGUUGUGAAGAGUGGCUCUGUCCUCAACGCGGUACUCUGUCGUCUUUCGCAGAUCUGGCCAGUCCGUUUCGUGAUGCGCUCGUUCCGUGGCUUCUGGUGGCUGCUGGGGUUCUCCCCCGCGGAGAAGGACGUCUCGGAGGCGGAGUCGCCCUCGGCCCGGCAGUGCCGCACGGGGAAGAAGCGUCUGCGUCGCGUGACGCGCAUCGUCCUGGCCUUCCUGCCCCGUAGGCUGCAGAGCGCGCUGGGCUACCCCGUCUGCACCAGCAUCGGCUGCACCGUGUCCCCCGAAGUGCGAAGCUCUCCCACAAAGCCUUCUGGGAAAGGCAGCAAGAGGAAGCAGGAUGAUGUUGAUGAGGAUGAGGACAAUAAUGAGGAAGGGCAGCCCCUGCAGUCCUGGGUUGAGGUUCUGAACCAGGAGAUGGGGGAGGAGGAGGACAACCAGGCUGAUCCAGACUACGAGCCCAGCAGCGUGGGAGAGACUGACAGCGAGGAGUAUCACGAGCACAACGACACCGAGAGCGACAUAGAAGUGCAGGAGGCCAACGGCUACAGGGAGAUAAAGGAUCUGCCCGCGGAGGCGCCCGCUGAGGCGUAGCUGAAGUGGAUGACGUGGGGAUCGGGUGCUCUCUGGGAAAGAUUUGGGUUUCAUGCGUGCUCAAGAUGUCAGUGUUUUUCCAUGUAUAAAGAAAAUUAUAAAUAAAGUUUUCCUAUUUGAACCUAAAA